AAGGCACACUGCUAUGGCAAGCUCUAUUCUCUCAUCCAUAAUGAAUCUCACAGCCAAGCUUCUUGCCUUUGCUCCAUCACCAUCUCCUUUGAAACCAGAUUCAUCUUCAUCCUCAUCUUUAGUAACACCGUCUUUUGCCAAAAAAACCUCAAUGAUACAAGAGAUCCAAACUGUAAUUGUAGAUGCGGAGCGGAAAGGAGUCAAGGAUGAGUCCAUCAAGCUAUGGCUUCUUGAGCUGAAACAAGUGUCUUAUGAUGCAGAGGACAUACUCGGUGACUUUGAAUUCGAGCUACUACGGAGCAAAAUGGAGGCAGAUCGGAAGAGAAAGCGUGAGGUAUUCGAAUAUGACCCCUCCAGUCCUUUAUAUGAUGCUAAUCUGCAAAAUAAAAUGUUGCAAAGAAUUAGAAUGGUUUGUGAAAUGUUUGACGAGAUCGAAAAAGAUCGGGUUAGAUUUCAUUUGGUGGAGCAGGAUGGAGAACUGAAAUCAAGAACAAAGAUUAGAUCACCAACCAGCUCAUUAGCUUACCAAUCGGAAGUUAUAGGAAGGGAUGUUGAAAAGAAUGAGAUCAUCAAUGCUUUGAUGGCUCCACUUGGUGAUGAUAAGAUCAGCGCCAGUGCUGCUCAUGUAGUUUGUGUAGUAGGCAUGGGAGGGCUGGGCAAGACAACACUUGCCAAGUUGGUCUACAACGAUGAGAGGAUCAUCAAUCAGUUCAACUUGAGGGUAUGGAAGUGGGUGUUUGAAGCUCAUGGUGCGGUAGGAUUGCUGAAGGCAACUGUCGAGGCUUUCACUGGACAAACAUACCAUAAUGUCACUGAUGUCGCCCAGCUUCAAUAUAUGCUGAGCCAUAUCGUUGCAGGAAAAAGGUUUCUCUUGGUAUUAGAUGAUGUCUGGAAUGAUGAUCUGAUGACAUGGGAGUCUCUCAGAGCCCCUUUGGAAAAUGGCCUUAAAGGGAGUUGCAUCUUCAUCACCACUCGAAGCAGGAAAGUCUCUGAUAUCAUGGAUGCUGAGGUAACGCUGGAACUCAACCCAUUGAGAAGGAGUGAGAGCUGGGCGUUGUUUUGUCGGCAUGCAUUUGAAGUUGAUGCGACUGAAGCCUUGCCAAGCCUGAUAGAGAAAGGUCAAGCCAUUGUAGAGAAGUGCAAGGGAGUGCCACUGGCGAUAAAGGUACUCGGAGGCCUUUUAUGCUUUGAAGAUGAAGAAACAUGGGAGGAUGUCCAGAGAAGUGAACUGUGGAACUUGGAUGAGGGCAAAGACAAUAUUUUAUCAUCCCUGAUUUUGAGUUAUCUCUACCUGCCUGCAUCCUUGAAGCCAUGUUUCACAUACUGCUCUGUAAUCCCAAAAGGCUGCUUCUUCAAACAAGAGACCAUGGUGAGAAUGUGGAUGGCUCAGGGUCUAAUCCAAACAGAAGAUAACAAGCAGAUGGAGGGAACUGGGAGGUCCUUCUUCAAUGAAUUGCGUAGGAGAUCAUUAGUCCAAGAUGCAAUACCGGAUUUCUUCAUGAUGCAUGACCUUAUCCACGACUCUGCAAGGUCCAUCUGGGAGAAGGAGUGUUGUAAUGCAACCUAUGAAGAGUUACAAGGCAUGCUUGAAUGUGGCAAUACUGUACGGCAUCUUUCAGUCAUGAUGGCAAAUGACAUAUCUUCAUUUGGAUCCAUUAGAGUUUCUGGAAUGCUGCGAUCACUCUUAUUGGCUGCAAGAUAUCCAAUAAACCUCAAUGUAAUGACUGAAAUGUUUUUGAGACUCAGGGUGACCUAUCUCAGAGUGCUUGACUUGAGCUCCACCGGCAUAGAUGAGUUGCCAGACUCCAUUGGUGGUCUGAAACACUUGCGCUACCUUAGCCCUCACUGCAACUAG